GCAAAACACCCUAAAGGGCCCCUGUGUAUGCGGCCGAAUACCGCCUCCCCUGACCCGUGUGCACCAAUCGGGAUCCAGAAGAGGCGUGUACCAGUUGUGCACUCGUCUGUGCACACACACAGCUCCAAGAAUACAAAGGGGACACGCUGACCUUCACAUUUCAUGCUGAUAGAGCUCCAUGUAUUUGUAAUACUCUGAUUUAACCAAAACAAGCCUGGACCUUUAUGGAAAAAAACAUUACAAAAUGUAUCCAGCAGAGGAGUAAAAUACAAGAGAAGCAGUGUUUAACAGGAAAUUCUUGGAUGUUUGUGACUUGCUUCAAGACAUACUUGCAUUCUUAUUGAAAUCACUAUACUUAGUCACUUAUCAAUGAAAAGUUCUGUUCAUUCCAAACAUUUCAGAUGAAAUAGCAGAGAACACAAAAAUCACUAAAUGCAGGUUAUAAUGAAAGAAAUACAUUUUAAUGGAAAUUGCAGCUGUAGCAAAAUAUUGUGAACAUCAUUUGGAAUUGUAAUGUAUCUAAAUUAAUUAGAGCAUUGUUUAAUUGCUCCAUAUGCGUCUAACACAAAAAUUAUUUUAAAUAAAAUUGAGAUUGAGGCUUAAUACAUUAUUUAAAGCAAUAGGAUUGCAUAGUGUUCCAGAAAAAUGUCAUUUAGUGCCACUAUUCUAUUCACCCCACCACCGGGGCACACUGAGGGCAAGUGUGGCUGCAAGAAUGAAGGCAUUCAAGCACGUUCUGUUCCUCUUGAUGGCGUCACUCCCAUCAAUGUAACUGGAGAUGGCGUAGCAGUUCAGGGAUGUGAACAACUUCUACACCUUAUAUAUCAGCGAGUUGAAAAAGCUGUGGGAAUAGCUGAAGCUGCACUGGAUGUGGCCAAGGCCAACAGUAACAUUUUAAACCAACUCCAAGAAGAGAUGAGUGGUCUGAGAAAACUUACUGAAAAAACUGAUAUAGACACAUUUGCUGUACAAAUGCCAACUGCUAAUACAAAAUGCAAAACAUCAGAGGAAAAUGAGGUGGAGGAAAUUCGUGGAGUGCAAGUGGUCAUUGAAGAACUGAGACAGCUGGGUGCAGCAUCUGCAUCUUUGGUACCUGGUUUUCAUACAUCAUCUAUGGACAGGACUCCAAAAGAUGGAUAUCUGAGUGGAGGCCCUUCUCCUGGUGAGGCUACCCCACUGCUCAGCCCUAUGCAUGUGCCAGCGAUUGAUGAUUUUUUAAACUCUGAAGCCCCUGCUGCAAGGAUUCUAGCCCCCAGUUUCGUAAAGCAGCUGACUACGUCUCACCCUCACGGAGAUGCAGUCGAAGUUCUAAGCGAGCCAGCUCCCCAAGUUUUGAAACCUACACUGUCAACACAUUCUCAUUUACUACUACAGAAGGAUGGUUCUCUUAGUCCUGGUGGCUUAAUUAUGACUGAAACGUCUUCAACUUCUGGAGAGAUGAGGCCAUCUAUUUCACCCCCGCCGCUGGCACCAUUAUAUGCAUGCACCAGCAGUCGGCAGCGUGGCAAUGGGCAAAAGUGUUUCAGACGGAAACGGGAUCUAGUGCUGUCCAAACUGGUUCACAAUAUUCACAACCAUAUUUCUAAUAACAAACGAUUCAAUGGUUCAGAAAGUAUCAAAUCAUCCUGGAAUAUUUCAGUUCUAAGGUUCCUGGUGGAGAAGUUAAAACAAGAGUUGGUGUCCAGCAUCAACCAUUACACAGACAAAGAGUUAAAAGGUGCCUGUGUUGCUUACUUCCUGACUAAGCGGAGAGAAUAUCGCAACUCUAUGAAUCCAUUCAAAAGUCUGAGAGAGAAAGAGGAAAAAAAGCUAAGAAGUCGGAGAUACAGGCUCUUUGCCAAUCGUUCAUGGGGUGUGCAGCAGUUCCCUGUAGAGGACCAAGCAUUAUGGGAGGGUGUUACAGAAGAGCUGAUGUCAGAUGAAGAAGACAGUCUCUCAGAGCCAGGUGUUUGGGUCGCCCGACCACCACGUUUCCGAUCACCAGAACUCACACGGCUUUGUUAUCGAAUUGAUUCUCACUCCAAGCAUGGCAAUAAAACAAAUCGUGUCUAUGGAUCCCUAUCUGAUCGACUUCCAUCUGCAGAGGCACAAGUUUUACCACUCCACCUCUACAACCCAAACUGGGAGGGGGAUGAUAUCGAUAGUGAUGCUGGGGAGGUAGAUGGAGGUGGAAGAGGAAGAAAAUCAUUUUGCCCAGAUUUAAACUCUUUUAUACAGAUAAAAGUUGAGAAAGAUGAAUGAACCAUACUGAAUGAAACCAUUUGCAGUGGGGGUUGAAAUAAACGUACAAAAAUGCUCUGGAAGACAAGCUCUGAAACAGUGUCUACCGUUAUGAACAAGAUGAAGGUACUAAUCUGGAGACAACUAGGACAGCUGUCAUUGUUACCACUUCUUUUGUUUUAUAAGAAAUAAAAUGUUACUUAGAACAUU